AUGGGUAGAACUUGUAGAGCAUCUUCAAAUAACAUAAAGAAACCAAAAGGAAAAAGAGAGGGGGUUGGAGGUAAAAAGGAUUUGCCUAAACGUGUUAUGACUUUUGUUUUUGAUUGGUUGCUAGUCUUUGAAGAUGUUUGGUAUAUUGAUGGACUGAAAGCAAAUUUACUCAGUAUCAGUCAGAUUUGCGACAAUGGACUGAAUGUUCUUUUCACUAAGUAUGAAUGUGAGAUACUUGAUGGAGGAGGUGACUGUAUGUGUGUUGGUGUAAGGACAGCUGACAACUGUUAUGGUUUAACACCUAGUAUAAGCAACAAGUGCCUCAGUGCAAAGAUUGAUCAAGUUGAUUUGUGGCAUCAACGAUUGGGGCAUGCAAGUCAUAAGCAGUUAGAGAAGAUUUCCAAAUGUGAUGCAGUUGUUGAUAAAGCUAAGGCUCCUGAGAAGAUGAUACAUCUGUGCAAGAAAUUGCAAGUUGAGAAAGAUACUGUGAUAGCCAGAAUCAGAAGUGACCAUGGAAAAGAAUAUGAGAAUACAAAGCUGGUUACUUUCUACAAUGAUCAAGGCACACAUCAAGAGUUCUCUUCACCUAAGACACCUCAACAGAAUGGAAUAGUGGAACGGAAAAAUAAGGUUGUUCAGGAGAUAGCACGUGUCAUGCUACAUAAUAAAAAGUUACCCAAAUCCUUCUGGGGAGAAGCAGUUAACACUGCUUGUCAUACACUCAACCAAGUGUAUUUCAAACCUGAUUCCAAGAAGACUCCUUAUGAACUCUAG